AUGGAUGUGACAACAGCGACGUCUACGACGCCUAAUAUAUACAUUACCGAGGCGCAGCCCGGACACCAGGCUGGCGGCGGACAUGCGGCGCACCCGGUGCAACACCACCUGGGCACGCAGCAACACCAACAUCAGAUGGCGAAGUUUCGCCGCGAGUCGAUUGCACACUCGCAGGGUAUGGGCGGGGUUUCAUGGGGCUCGCUCACAGUGGGCUCGUGGCUGAAGGACGAGGUCAUGAUACACGCGCACACGAAGGACGGGUUUAACAGCAACUUGGCAGCGAGCAAUAUGGUUUCGUUUGCGUCGCCGCCCUCCUCGUCGGGCUCGUAUCUGCCAAACCUGGAAAAGCAAUACUGCAAGGACUACAGUUGCUGUGGGCAGCUACUGCCGGGUCUGCACGAUUUGCUAAGGCACUAUGAGGAAGCCCAUAUCGCGACGUCGCCAGGCUAUGUAUCUAUAGCUGGCGGCGCAAGUCUUACAAACAGCAUGGCGACACAUGCACUGCAAGGCUCUGGAAUGGCUCGGAAGAAGGUUGGGAACCUGUCGCAACCGCACCAGACACAGCAUUCUCAACCAACACAGCAUUCCCAGCAGCAACAGCCGACGCAGCAACAGCCGACGCACGCUUGGGUUGCCCAGCACUCCGCAGUGCAGGCUUCCCAUGGAGCGUCACAUAAUAUACAGCCCCGUUACGGACACCCCGGUUCGCACCACGCGGAACUGCAGCAACAGCAGGUGCAGAUACCGAACCAGCAUCACCAUCGCCAGGCGUUGAACACCGGUGCCCAAAUUCAUGCCCAGUCUGGCAUGGGGUCAUCGCAGCAGCAACUGCAUCUUAAUGGUAAUUUAGUAGAUGCCGUCUGUACCAACGACGUGUUCCUGCAGACUAACAACGUCAACAACGCGGUCGCAGCAGCGGGGGCGGGGGCGGCCGCCCCAUCGGUGUCUAAGAUUGGGAUGUCCUCUGGGAAGGGCUUGGGAUCCGGGAUGCUACAUAGCAAGGCUAACAAAAGAAACUCCCAGCAACCCCAGCAGAUGAACUUUAACAACUACUCGUUGCAGAUGAAUGCCUCUCGCAACAACUCCGGUACUCCUGGUCUCCAGCAGCAGGUUCAGUCCCGCCUCAUGCAGAAGAGGUCGGCGAUUAAUUCUGCCGCCGCUGGGGUCGACCUCGACUUCAUGGAUCAAGACAUGAUAGACGAGUUCAACCCAGACAGUGGCGCCACUUUGAUGGGUAUGCAGCACCUCGGUACGCUGGUUGACGGACCUUCUGUUCUUACGGGGCAUAUAUCAGCCCAUACUUCCAGCCAAACGCAGGGCAUGGUGAAGAAGAAGCAGCCCCGCUCCAUGAACAGCGGCGGCAAUUCUGCAGGCACCUCCAGUGCCCUCGGGAAACGAAGCUCUAGCGCGUUGACUGCUUCGAGCAGCGGCCGCCACAGCAUGAGCAGCGAUGACGAUGACGAUGACGAUGACGACGACCAGGAUGACGACCUCGACGAGGACGAACCCCCUGGUAAGUCCAGGAAACAGCAGGGUUAUAUUGACGACCCCGCUCGUCGGCUCUAUGUGAUGGACCACGAGGAGCAUAAGCCCUUCAAGUGUCCCGUCAUUGGCUGCGAUAAGACUUACAAGAAUCAAAACGGACUCAAGUACCAUAAAACCCACGGCCACCAGAAUCAAAAGCUUCAUGAAAACCCAGACGGCACUUUUAGCAUCAUCGACCCGGAGUCCAACGAGCCCUAUCCAGACGGCAUGGGCUUCGAGAAGGACAAGCCUUACCGGUGCGAGGUCUGUGGCAAACGUUACAAGAACCUCAACGGCCUCAAGUACCACCGGGGCCACUCCACCCACUGA